UUUACACGGACCAGGGCAGUAGAGCUAACCCUACACAUAUUUUUCGGGAAAAUCCUCCCGCUUUCUUGAUAUCCAAACACCGUCCAUUUUACCCAAAACCCUAGAUGUCGACAUCGGGGCAGCCUCAGUUCCGCUACACCCAGACCCCCUCGAAGGUCCUCCACCUCCGCAAUCUCCCCUGGGAGUGCGCCGAGGAGGAGCUCAUCGAGCUCUGCAAGCCCUUCGGCAAGAUAGUCAACACCAAGUGCAACGUCGGCGCCAAUCGCAACCAGGCCUUCGUCGAAUUCGCAGAUUUAAAUCAGGCUAUAUCAAUGGUUUCAUAUUAUGCAUCAUCUUCAGAGCCUGCACAAGUUCGUGGCAAAACUGUGUAUAUUCAAUAUUCAAAUAGACAUGAAAUUGUGAACAACAAAAGUCCGGGAGAUGUUCCUGGAAAUGUCUUGCUUGUUACCAUUGAGGGUGUAGAAGCUGGUGAUGUUAGCAUUGAUGUGAUUCACUUGGUCUUUUCUGCUUUUGGCUUUGUGCAUAAAAUUGCUACCUUUGAAAAGGCUGCAGGUUUCCAGGCAUUAAUCCAGUUCAGCGAUGCUGAGACUGCAUCUGCAGCAAGGAAUGCCUUAAACGAAAGAAGCAUACCCAGGUAUUUGCUUCCAGAGCAUGUUAAUUCAUGUCACUUGCGUAUUUCAUAUUCGGCACACACUGAUCUGAACAUUAAGUUCCAGUCUCACAGAAGCAGGGACUAUACGAAUCCAUACUUACCCGUUAAUCCUACUGCAAUUGAUGGAAUUGCUCAGCCUGCUUUAGGGCCUGAUGGAAAAAGGAAAGAACCUGAGAGUAAUGUUCUUCUUGCCUCGAUAGAGAAUAUGCAGUAUGCUGUCACUGUGGAUGUUCUUCACACGGUUUUCUCUGCAUUCGGUACCGUCCAGAAAAUUGCUAUAUUUGAGAAGAAUGGUCAAACCCAGGCACUUAUCCAAUAUCCUGAUAUUAGCACCGCAGCAGUUGCCAGGGAGGCUUUAGAGGGACAUUGCAUAUAUGAUGGUGGCUAUUGUAAGCUUCAUCUAUCAUACUCUCGUCAUACUGAUCUCAAUGUAAAGGCUUACAGUGAUAAAAGUAGAGAUUAUACAAUCCCAGAUGCGAGUUUGCUUGCAGCGCAACCAGUGUCAGGUCUCCCUGGUGCUCCAGCAACUUGGCAAAAUCCUCAGGCUGGUCCAAUCUAUCCUGGAAAUGAUUUUACUGCUGGAGGUGCUGCGCCACCUCACUAUCCUGGUGGACAGAUGGCUCCAUGGGAUCCCACCAUGCAGGCUGGCAGAAUCCCAUUUGGCUCGGUUGGUAGCACUUAUCCUGGUCAACCUUUUGCAGGCUCGGUUCCUGCAUAUGCCACUGCAGCGGUGCCAGCAGGUUCCUCACCACUCACACCUACCAGCCAAAUUCCUACUACCUCAAUGGGAUUUUCUCCAAUGGUUCCAACGAAUGUGCGACCUGGUGAUGCUUCACCUCCUGGUCAGCAUACAUACUAUGGUCAAUAGGCUGUAUCUUUUUUUCUAUAUUAGCAAUUUUAGUCUCUGUUGUCCUGCUCUCUCAACAUCUCGUAAACACAUUCUCCACAUAUUCGUUUGCUUAUUCCGGAACUUGAUCGUGUUUAUUCUACCCUGAAAGAAACUUGCAACUGUUUUAAAUUUGUUUAA